CUGCGCAUGCGCCAGUUCUACCGGAAGACGGAAGUCCGAACACAAUUGAUUAGUGAGGACUUCCGGUUUAGCUCCCCUAUCGGCGCUGGCCGUUGAUGGAGGAAUUCUCUGUGCGCAUGCGCGGCCUCCAGGAGAGUGGAGUGUAGCGGCCAUUUUAUCCCCGCAGAGCGGCGGAGGCGGCCCUGAAGGCUUCGGAGAGAGGCUGGCCUGGCGCCCCAGAGAGGACCGCGAGGCCGCUUCUCCCUCUCCCUCUCCGGCCGAGGAGCAGCCCCUGAGCGGCGGGGCUCCGCGGAGGCCCGUUGAUUUCACAGACUUUAUCAGGCCUUCCAAGAAGAAACAGGUAAGCUUCUAGAUGUUUAAUGCUUUUAUUGUCUGAGAUUAUGGCUUUUUCUCCCAGACUUGUUGCAGGAAAAGAAGAGGUACAGUUGAGGUGGGCUGGUCUACUGGUAUAGUGUAAUGUCUGUAAAUCUAAUAGGCUUCAAUGUUGUUUGGCUGUGAUGAGACAUUUUUUUCUGUUACAAACUUCUCGUUUUUGCUACCAGGUGGCAAAGAGAACAGAAGUUAUUUCUUGGUUUAAUCUUCGUGUAGAAUAUCUGAUGGACUAUUAUGUGUUGUGAAAGCUCUAUAUACUUUGUCAUAUAUAGUUGGAGUGACAUUGUUGCCUUAAUGAUUGGGAAUGCUGGAAGAACAGUCCAACACUGAUCUGUGAAUUGUUAGCAAGCUUACAUGUUAAACAGGCUUCUUGUGAUUCAUAUGAAGGAGUUACUGUUCCAUUUUGUAUACUUAAAAGAAGGUGGGAAUUUUGUUUUAUAUGCUAUAGCUUGAAGUAUAGCACUUUUCCAGUGUACUUAAGACUUGUUGUCAUGUAUACCUUUUUGUUCACAGGUGGUUUUUGCUGUGGGUUGAAAUCAGAAUGGCUGUAGUCAUCCGUUUACAGGGGCUCCCUGUUGUUGCGGGUUCUUCAGAUAUUCGCCAUUUCUUCUCAGGAUUGAAUAUUCCUGAUGGAGGUGUACAUAUUAUUGGAGGAGAAAAGGGAGAAGCUUUUAUUAUAUUUGCAACAGAUGAAGAUGCACGACGAGCAAUGAGUUAUUCAGGAAGAUAUAUUAAAGAUUCACGUACUGAGUUAUUUCUCAGCAGCAAGACAGAAAUGCAAAACACAUUAGAAAGCAGUAGGAAAAGAGUUGAUCGCAAUAGAAGAGAAAAAGCUGCAACUAGGUGGACAAGUUCUAGUAACUCUGGAGGUGGCAGCAUGUCAAAUUUAGGUGCACCUGUAAACAGAGGAUUUGGCAUAUCUACUUAUGAUUCUAUGCAUCCAUUAGAGGACAGAUUUCGUCCAAAUGGCUCUCAAAACACGAAUACAGAUCUUUCCAAAUCAAGCUAUAAUCAAUCCAGGAAAGAGUCACUUAAGUCAGAUAAUCGGUACUUAUAUAUAAGUGGUAUGCCUUACUCUGCAACAGAAGAUGACGUUAUUACUUUCUUUGGUGGUUUACAAGUGGAUGGGGUAAUCAUGUUCCAAACCAAUGGACAAAACAAUGGAGCUGGUGUGGUAAAAUUUGCUACACCGAGUGAUGCCAUGAAGGGGUUGCAGCAUGAUAAAGAAUAUAUGGGUAAAAGAUUUAUAAAAGUAUGUAGCUCUCAAAAAGAAACAUGGGUUCAGAAUGGAGGAAGAGUAGAGGAAACGGAUCACCCUUUCAGUAAUGAACUCGUUCAUGAGAUGGAUAAAAAAAGUUAUUUUUCAAGCAAAGAGUCUACAAGAAGAGACCUAGACUACUCAUCCUCAAGAAGGCGUACCCAUUCCAGAUCUUCAUCAAGAAUUAUGACACAUACUGGUUCAAAAUCGCCACCAAGGAGGACUGAGGCACAUACCAGUUCAAGAUCUCCGAGGAGGGUCACGGUACGGACCCGUUCAAGGUCACCUCCAAGUAGGGUUAUGAAACACAGGCAUUCGAAGUCACCUUCACAAAGGAUUGUGGCACAUACAAGAUCAAGGUCGCCUCCGAGGAGGGUCAUGGCACGCACCCAUUCAAGGUCUCCACCAAGGAGGGUUACAGCAAGCUCUCGUUCACCUUUAUCUGGUUCAACCCGUUCUCAUUCACCUCAUAACAAGGAGUAUUAUAUACAUGUAAAAAAUUUGCCACUUGGUAUUGGGAAAAGAGAUUUGAGAGCAUUCUUUGGAGGGUCAGAUAUACCUAGCAGUCAUAUUACAUUCUUGAAAUUAUAUGAUAAUAAAACAAACCAGGAAGCAGUUGUGAUGUUCAGAUCAACACGAGAGUAUUGUUCUGCAUUAGGGUAUCACAAGCAUGAUCUUCAUGGACAGCAAAUUUUACUUUACACCAUUUCUAAAACAGCAGUGUCACAGCUUGCUGGAUUUUCUGAAACUAAAAGCUCUCCAGAAAGUCAUCACCAUGUCAAGGAGAAAAGUGACCGGGAUGGAUAUUCUGGCCAAAAUACAUGUUUAUAUGCAAGGAACUUUCAAUAUGAUGUGACAAAAGUUGAAGUCCAGAAGUUUUUUGCAGGAUUUCAUAUUUGUGAUGAUGAUAUUCAGUUGCUUUAUGAUGACAAGGGGAUUGGACUGGGAGAAGCAUUGGUGAAAUUCAGAAGUGAAGAUGAAGCCCAGAAAGCUGAAAGCUUAAAUCACCGACGUUUUUUGGGCACAGAGGUACUCCUGAGAUGUAUAUCUGAGAAACAAAUGCAGGAGUUUGGUAUUAAUAUUUCCUCAGUGUCAGAAGAAAAGGUGCAGGAUCAUCUGCAUGGAUAUGAAAGAGAUAAAAAUGUUUAUCCUGGAGAUUCACAAGGACUGUCCAUCCAAAGGGACCUAAAUCAUCCAACUGAUUAUAGACAUCCAUCUAAUGAUUGUCUCUCUUUACCUGAUCAGUUUAGACACCCUGCCUCAUUUACAGAGUAUCAAAGUAAAGGUAUGCAUGGACAUUUUCCACAUGGACGUUUUAUGCCAGACUCUAAUUUCAGUGGUGGGACAGAUCGGGCCACACUGAUUAAAUUAAAGAAUAUACCAUUUCAAGCAUCACCUAAUGAAAUUCUGGAUUUUUUCCAUGGCUACAAGAUUAUACCAGAAUCUCUUUCUUUCCAACACAAUGAAUAUGGAAUGUCUUCUGGUGAAGCUGUUGUUGCCCUGGUAAAUUACAGUGAAGCCAUGGCAGCUAUUAAUGAACUGAAUAACAGGCCAAUUGGCUCAUGCAAAAUUAGAUUAAACUUGGUAUAGAUGAGAAGAUGCCUAUGAGGCAUAUUGAAGAAAUGUACAUUUCUAAUGUAGAGAAAUGAUUCCCAUAGAGAGAAAAAUAGUUUGUAAAUAGUUUUGACUGAUUUUAAAAUAUAGGAAAUUUUGGGUGGGGCUGAACUAGUGUUUUUUGGACAGCAUUAGAUUACCUUGGCAGUUCAUGAAAAUAUGUCUUUGUAUGGACUUUGUUUUUGAUCCUGUAGCUGCAUGUAUAUUUAUGAGUUUUCUGUGUUUAUUCAGUAUAGCUACACUUUAAGAGCUAGACAUUGUGUCCUCCUGUAUAUAUUAACAGGACCCACAAUUUCCUUGGAAAAUUGACAGUUCUUCUGUUCAUGGUUGUUUUAAGUACUUUGUUCACGUCAGAUCAACAUUUUAAAUAAAAAUACAUAAUCUGAAA